AUGACCAACAUCAAAGAAGAUGUCCAAGCUAAAGUGAAAUCGCCAGAGGUGUAUAUAGUUGCCAGGUCAGGAAGUUCAGAUGCCGAACAAUUGGCCUAUAUAGACACACAACGAGAAUGCCUGGAAGACAUGGGAAGUAAAUUGACAACAAACUCUGGUACUAAUGUCACAGAUAAAAUGAGAUACUUUCAUGGCGAUAGUCUAGCACGUGAAUGUGAAUGUGGACAGCAGAAAGGUGGUAACUACUACUGUUCCGGAUGUGGUGCAUAUGCGCAACGAGUUUAUGAGUUAGACUAUGUUUUUGCUGUUGAUGGAUGUCAUUGUCGGAUCGCCAACAGUUGAUGCUAAAUGGGCCCUAUGGUCGAAAAAAUUCUUUGGCAAAAACUUCAAGCCCCUGCAGAAGUUGAAAAAACAGGAACUGAUAACAGAAUUGCAUCCAAGGGGGAUUUUUGAAGGUGAGACAAAGUCUGAACUUGAAAAGGUUCUGCAAUAUGAAAUGCAUGGUGUCCAGCAGGUCCCUGUCUUGCUUUACAAUACACCUACCACUUCACUGGAAUUGAUUAACUGUGAGAACUACGAGAUACUUUCCUUUGAAACUCUACACGACAUUGGCAAACACAUAGAGAAUGUCCUGACAGAACUCCCAGCCCACCUGCCAGCAGAAGAAGCUAAAGACGUAGAAGAAGUCAUCAACCUUUCAAUGGAAGGAAAAGAUACCAAGCGGACUUUUGAUUACCGGCAUGCUAUAGUCAUUCUUGCACAACAUUCUGUCAAAAUAUCAUCUCACCGUGUCCAACAACUCCUGACCUCUUUGGUAGAAAUUCAGAGGCUUGCAUACAGCUCAGAGAACGAAAGAACCCCCAAAUCAAUCCAGUGA